ACAGAUAACUCGCGCGGAAAUCCGGUAAAAUGUGAUAAGAGCGAACCAAAACCAAAAUUGCGCCUCAUUUAAACGCAAAAUUGUAAGACAGAAUGCGCCAACCUAUUUCUCUGCUAGUGCUCACGUUCCUCACAGUCGAGGCCUCUUGGAGCAUGAAGUGCAAUGACGACAAACUGCGCCUGCACUGCGAGCCGUGCAACUUGGAGGUUGAUUGCGACGAAAAUCAGGUUGACGAAGUCCUCGAAUGCAAAACCUUUCUGCAGCUCAGCGUCUCCUCAACCGGAAAGUUAUACUGCCGUGCGGAAGCGGUGAUCGAGCACAUUUUCAAAGAGCACGACGUUUGCGACCGCUGCCAGGUGGGAUUCUUGCGAUGCAAAUCGGUCAAGAGGUUUUUCAAGUCGAUGCGUCACACAAAGUGCAACGAGCAAAAUUCCACGGCGCUCGGGUAUGAAGCUUCCAGCGAAAAGUCCAGAGAAGAAACACAGGAGGAAGACGAGGACGAGGCCGAGGCCGAAGAAAAAGCUGCUUUCUCGCCUGGCAAGAUGCACUGGUGCAUCUGGCUGGUUGUUUGCGGCGUUCCGAUUGCGGUUUUGGCCUUCGCCGCGGCCUGUUUCAUCCACAGAAGGGGUUUCCUGCGAGUGUCCUGCUGUCAUUUCACUUGCAUCUGGAGCAGGACUGACGCUCGAAGCGAUGAUAUUGUCGAAAUAGAUUAUAUCUGAUCAAAAAUUAUUAAAUUUAGGACUUGAACUAUUUUGUUAAAACUAUGUUAAUUAAAAUAGAUAAUUUUAACAGAUUUAAUAACUUUAUACCAAGUUUUUAAGUUUAAUUUUUUUAUUGUAAAAAAUAAAUUUUUGUUUUUUAUUAAAUAAAACUAAUA